UUGCAAUGGUGGUACAAGUGACAAUAGUAAAAACAGUGAUAGACGUGAUGGUGUCGUAGUAUUUUUUAGCAGUGAAAAUAAAUCUUUACACAAUUAUGAACUAUUUUAACGAUUUACUGCUUGAAACAUUAUGAUUUACAGGCCCAAUGUCCGCAGGCGAAAAAUAAAAUUUCGUACUGUCGGUUUCGACUCAUAAUUGGCAAUCAUAAUUUGCAUAUCUCAAGACCAGUAUAUAAAUAAUGUACGGGUAAAUUAAUAACGUUUGUCAUUUCUUUUUUAGCAACUAAAUAGCAUCUACCAAUAAUGAGUUCUUAAUGUCCCAAAUGACUAAUAAUUUGAUUAAGCAUUAGAAUGUUUAAACUAGGUAUAACCUAUUCUUUACCUUAAAAACAAAUAACAUUGAUUAUGUCAAAACAUUUCUAUUUUAAUUUCUUAUUACAUUUAAUUGGAUACAAGUAAAAUUGGAUAAGGUUUUGAAUUAUAAAGUCAAAUCAAAUCAUUUACUAAAAUGAAACGUUCCCUAGUAUCAAAAGCAAAUCAGAAAAAUAAUGACCAAUAUCCAGCUAGAACUCGAAGAAAAAUCAUGGCUCAAGUAGUUAGUCAAAAAAGGGGCCGUGGGAUCAGUACCGGUGAAACUCCUUCAGCAUCUUCAAGUUCUACCAGUCAACUGUCUGCCUUAGGUACUGCUCCUGGAACUCUUACAGAUGAACUAGCUGCACUUUUUGAGUGCCCAGUAUGCUUUGAAGUUGUUCUACCUCCUAUUAUGCAAUGUCAAGUUGGUCAUUUAGUUUGUGCUAGCUGCCGCCCAAAAUUAUCCUGUUGUCCUACUUGCCGAGGUACUUUAGGAAAUAUAAGAAAUUUGGCCAUGGAAAAGGUAGCAAAUAACCUAAUGUUUCCUUGUAAACACAAAUCUACUGGCUGUCGCAUGUCUCUUGGACUCAAUGAGAAAGCAGAGCAUGAAGAAAUUUGUGAAUUUCGUCCCUACAGUUGUCCUUGUCCUGGUGCCUCAUGUUCUUGGCAGGGACAAUUGGAUAAAGUAAUGGUGCACUUACAACAUGCUCACAAAAAUAUAACUACUCUUAAUGGAGAAGAUAUAGUGUUCUUAGCUACAGAAAUAAAUUUAGCUGGUGCUGUAGAUUGGGUCAUGAUGCAAAGUUGUUUCGGUCACCAUUUUAUGUUGGUGUUGGAAAAACAAGAGAAGAAUGAUGGUCAUACACAAUUCUUUGCCAUUGUUCAACUUAUUGGAUCUCGAAAACAAGCUGAGCACUUCGCUUACAGAUUGGAACUUAAUGGAAAUAGAAGGAGACUGAUUUGGGAGGCCAUGCCCAGGUCAAGUCAUGAAGGAGUAGCAUCAGCAAUUAUGGGUAGUGACUGUCUGGUCUUUGAUAAUUCCAUUGCACAACAUUUUGCAGACAAUGGAAAUUUAGGUAUUAAUGUUACCAUUUCCUUAGUUUGCUAAACAGUACGACCUUUCAAAAUUAGGUGAUAAUGAGACAGUUACUUUUAUUUAGUCUAAUGUUUUUUAGAAAUUUUGUCUAGUAUCAUUUUCUUUUCGUCAGGUUUAAUACAGCAGCAAAACAUUCUACAUCAAAUAUACUUAUAGGUAGAGAUGGAUCAUUACGAAUGAUUCUCUGCUACAGAAACUAUUUGUGAUACAGGUUCGAGAAGAAUUAAGAAACUCUCAAGAAGUAACGAAAACAAUCUGGAGAUUAUUUAAUCAUAGGAUUAUUUCAAUAGUGAUUAAUUAAAUGCAUAAAACAAAAUUCCCCAUAUGUUUUACCAUCCUUGUUAGAUAUUUCUCAUUUAACUUUAUAUAAAAAAAGUUCUCUCGAAGCUGUAAAUGGUUUGUAAAAUAUAACACAGAAUCAUUCUUAUUUUUCUAACUUCUAUAAGAAACUGUAUAGAAAGUUUACAAGUAAUUAAUAUGUACAAAUCUUAAUAUUAAUUUCACAUUAGCAGAAUCGCAAAUAUUAACUACUGGUGAGUGAGAAGUGUUUACUGCAAAAUAUGACGCAUAUCAUAAGUUUAUGUAGUUCCAAAUAGGGAAAGGCUAUUGAUGAACGUUAAUAGAAUGACAAAUCAUUAAUUAGAAAAAUGGAUUUCAUAGGCUUCUCAAAUUUUAAGUUUAACACAAUUGAAGUUUUUGCAGCAUAAUCAUGCUACUAGUUUCCAAAUUAAUGUAUGUAAAUGAACAUGAAUGAUUUUUAUAUGGCAGUUAGAUAAGAACGUGGAAAAUUAAUUUUUGUUUAAAAUUAUUCCUUAAAACCCUUUUGGUAAACGGCAGUACCAAUUUUUUUAUUACUGUAAGCUUCAUAAUUAUUAACUACUCUUUUCAGUUUGUGAAGUAUUUUAUCUGUUCACCUCUAUAAUUUUGAUUGUACUAUUCAUUUACAAUUAAAUAUUCGAAUUGAAAAUUAUCAAGCAAAAUGGAUCAAGUCUAGUAAAACUAUUUUUGUAUCUACUUUUGCUCAAAUAUUAAGCUAAAUGAUAAUUCAUAUUUUUUUACAAUGUCAUCUAUUGUAGAAUAGUCAUAACUAUAUUCAUUUUACUUCUUUUUCAGAUGUUACUCUCUGUCAUUUAAAUUUUUUGUGUCUAUUUUUUUAGUUUCCAAGCAAGUAUUGGGCAAAAUAAUGUGAGUGAGGCCUAUUUUAUAUGAAAUUUUGAAAAUUGUCUUCAAAUAUACAUAUCUGAGAUGUGGCUAUUAAAAACCUCUAAUAUUGACAAGUAGGAAGGUAAUGUUAAGUUUGUGUUUGCAAAAUUAUCUUUCCUUGCGCAUAAUGAACUUUUGAAUGUACAUUUUUCUUAUUAAUAUAAAACAUCUAAUAUACGAAAUAGUUGGUUUUUGUGAUUUUUGUGGAUCUUAAUUAAAAUGUUUUAAAGUAACUGACUUGUUCAGGUACAAUGACUGAUGUAUAGUAGAUGGUUUUUAGUUUAUACUUUAUGUCUCAUUCUCACUUACUUUUUCUCGUGUAAAAAGAAUUUUAGACAAGAUUAUAAUUGAAGGAUAUUUAGAAUAACUACUUGCUAUUCUUCAUUUAUAUUGUUCAUUGUUUUUUUAAAGAAAUAAUUAUUUUCUCUUGCUGUGUUUUAAUAGUAAUUUGAAUAUCAGGUAACCAAAUAGCUUAUAGGUAAUUCGAUUUUAGAAAUAGCAAACUGAAAGUCCUCUUCACUACAACAACUAAUUAAUUUUUCCUGCUAAUUGUGAUACUCAAUAUUAACUUGAAUAAUUGUCACAUCCAUUAAACUUCUUCAGUUUAAUGGAUAUAUCUACAAUCUUAUUUUUUAUUUAACAUGAUUAGCUCCACAUAGAAAUUAUGAAUAAACUAAUUUUGGAUCAAAUUCACCGGUCAACAAUAUUCACAAAAUGUAAUUAGGUUCUAUCUCCCACCUUUCAUCCUGUUUUUCAAUGCAUUUGAUUUCAUAUGAUAAAAUUAUAACUCCAAACAUCUAUUUAGUAUCCUCUUGUACUUGUAUUUUUCGACGUAUGCGUCCAUUUUACAUAAAAUAUAUUGUGAUAUACUUAAUUUAGAUGAACUUUACCUAUUUUUGUAGCUAUUAAUGAAAAAUGGUUACUUGAUAUUUGAACGAUUUUGGUGUACAAAUUACAGUGAGUGAAAAUUAGAAAGUGAAAUCCCAUGAAAACACCAAAUCAGAUUUUUAGAUACUAGUUUAUUCUCAUCAAAAGAUUUGUUGUAAUUUUUAUAUUCUAAAAAUAGUGUUUAUUUUUUAUUUAAUUUGUUUUUAGGAGAAUGCCUUGCUAUACUUUGAGUUAUAAUAACUCAACGCUAAAUAUUAAUAAAGAUUUAUUUCAUGUGUGUAUAA